AAAACCAAAAAAGCCAAGAACAAGAACAAGAACAAGAAAACAACAAUGGCGGUGAAGAAGAAAGUAUCAUGGAGAUCAUUGAUCGUUGGAUGUUUAGGAGAUCCAGAAACCCUAAUGGCUUCAUCUAAAAAACCAAAAAGAAAAGGUGAUGACGUCAUCAAGAAACAGAGCUCUUUCCAAAGACUAGCGAUUCUUGAUUUGAGCAAUCCAAGUUCCAACACUUUGUCAGAAGAUCUAUCAAUCUCUUUGGCCGGAUCAGAUCUCCAUGUGUUCACUUUAGCCGAGCUUAAAGUCAUCACGCAAAGCUUCUCAUCUACUAAUUUCUUAGGUGAAGGUGGGUUUGGUCCUGUUCAUAAAGGUUUCAUUGAUGAUAAGCUUCGUCCUGGUCUUAAAGCUCAGCCUGUAGCUGUUAAAUUACUCGAUCUUGAAGGUCUUCAAGGUCACCGUGAAUGGCUGACAGAAGUUAUGUUUUUAGGACAGCUAAAACACAAAAACUUGGUGAAACUGAUUGGUUAUUGUUGUGAGGAAGAACAUAGAACUCUUGUUUAUGAGUUCAUGCCUCGUGGAAGCUUAGAGAAUCAACUUUUCAGAAGAUACUCUGCCUCGUUACCUUGGUCUACGAGGAUGAAGAUUGCUCAUGGAGCCGCAACAGGACUUCAAUUUCUACACGAAGCUAAAAACCCUGUCAUCUAUCGCGAUUUCAAAGCUUCUAAUAUCUUAUUAGAUUCCGAUUACACGGCUAAGCUCUCUGACUUCGGAUUAGCCAAAGACGGACCCGAAGGAGACGACACUCAUGUAUCAACAAGAGUGAUGGGAACACAAGGAUACGCGGCUCCCGAGUACAUCAUGACCGGUCAUUUAACAGCAAGAAGUGACAUAUACAGCUUUGGUGUUGUGUUGUUAGAGCUUUUGACAGGGCGAAGAUCGGUAGACAAGAAGCGAUCAUCGAGGGAACAAAACCUCGUGGAUUGGGCUCGUCCGAUGCUUAAUGACCCGCGUAAACUUAGUCGAAUCAUGGACCCGAGACUUGAAGGUCAGUACUCAGAGACAGGUGCAAGAAAAGCAGCAACGUUGGCUUACCAAUGCUUAAGUCAUCGACCUAAGAACCGGCCUUGUAUGAGUGCCGUCGUCUCUAUACUCAAUGAUCUUAAAGAGUACAAUGAUAUUCCCAUGGGAACAUUUACUUACACGGUGCCAAAUACUCCGGACAAUAAAGAAGAUGAAGGUCGUGUUGGUGGUACUAAGCCACGUAAGAGUAGUCAUUAUCAUCAUCAACAACAACAACAAAGUAACCAUCCUAAGUCGUCGCCUUCGCCGACCGCUAAGUCGCCAUCUCCGACAGCUAAGUCGCCGAGGAAUUCUAGAGAUAACCACCGGAGAACGUUGAGGAACGGAGUGAAUUCGCCGUUGAGGAGUGAGGCUGGUGGGGAACGGUACUGAGUUUUUUCUAGUCUCACCUACUCUCUUAAUUAAUAUUCUUUUUAUUUUUGUUCUUUUCUUAAAAUCUAAUGUAUAUAAUUUGUCUUUACGAAAUGUAAAAGA